AUGAUGUGGUCAGUGUACAAAGUAGCUGCACUAAUACUGCUCAGUGCACUCAGCAAAGGACAACUUCCAGAAGAUGACUUCAGGAUAAUCAACAGACAAGAUCUUUUGACGACGGAUCACAGCGACGUGUUCGAGGAUAGCAGUUCUGGUUCAUUUUCGCAAUUGCUGUUCGAUGUCGCAAGAGACCAAGUUAUUGUGGGCGCAAGGGAUGCUCUCUACCGAUUAUCUCUUCGAGGCCUUGGAGUGCUGGAACGAGCUGACUGGCUGGCUCCCUCCAGUAAGAUAAAGCUGUGUCAGAUGAAGGGACAAACUGAGGAAGACUGCCACAAUUACAUCAAGGUCCUCCUGCUGCAUGGUCAUAAGCUGUUCGCUUGUGGAACACACGCGUUUAGUCCUGUCUGCAGCUGGCGAGAGAUCGAGUCAAUAAAAACAGUGACGGAAUGGGCGACUGGAGUAGCGAGCUGCCCUUACAACCCUCAUUCUAAUGUGACUGCGAUACUGGCUUCCAACGGGGAGUACUAUGCUGGAACCCCCACCGACUUCGCUAGUUCUGACACCGCUAUAUGCAGGAGCCAGGGAGCAGCCAGCCACGACUUGGGCAUGCUGCGCACCACCCAGUACGACCUGAACUGGCUGAACGAGCCACAGUUCGUGGGCAGCUUCGAAGACGACCAGUUCGUGUACUUCGUGUUCAGAGAAGUCGCUGUGGAGUUCAUGAAUUGUGGAAAGAUAAUCUACUCGCGCAUCGCCAGAGUGUGUAAGAACGAUCCAGGUGGCUACUUGGUGAUGAAGGACAGUUGGAGCACGUUCCUCAAGGCUCGGCUGAAGUGCUCAGUGCCUGGAGACGUUCCCUUCAACUAUGAUGAGGUGCAGAGUGUGGAGUACUUGCCGCAGGAGAAGAUACUUGUUGCUACGUUCACUACACCUACGAACAGUAUAGUCGGCAGUGCAGUAUGUGUGUACAACAUGUCGGACAUCACCGCGGCGUUCGAAGGUCCGUACAAGGUACAGGACAGACCCACUUCAACAUGGGAACCACGGUCACCUUCUAAACAGGCUAGAGACCAUUUCAAAUGUGUGCCGGAUUCUAGAAUAAACGAAGCCAUAGAAUACCAUCGCUACCACCUAAUGUAUGAAGCAGUCCAACCAGUAUCAGGAGAACCAAUCUUCAAGCUAACGUCAGAAAGAUUCACCCAUCUCACCGUUGACGUCACGAGUGCAAAGAAUAUUGAAAAGCAAUUGGUACUCUACGUCGCGACUCAGGAGUCUAACGUGCUGAAGUUGUCAGUAUUGCCGAAGCUGGAUGGCGCGUGUUUGGUUGAGAGAUGGAACCUUAAUAGCAAGAAUCAUAGCUUUGAGGUUCUCACCAUGCAGUUUGUUAAGGAUACUAUGUCAAUCUACAUAGGCGGUAGAUCAGGUAUAUACCGCAUCUCAGGGGCACGUUGCACCCGCUACGCGAGUAGGUCAGGCUGUGUGCUGGCCGGGGACCCGCACUGCGGCUGGGACGACGCGCGCGAGCUCUGCGUCGCGGCCGCAGGGAGGAUUGGGGACCCUGCCUUCAAACAGGAUACUAGCGCUUGUCCAGCUAUAGAUGCUCCAGUGGACGGUGGUUGGUCGAGCUGGUCGGAGUGGGAGCCGUGCAUGCAGGACGGCACGUCGCAGUCGCUGUACGACGACAACAAGCCAGACAUGUGCCACUGUCGGACCCGGCGCUGUGACAACCCUAGACCGGCUUAUGGCGGACAAGCCUGUGAUGGCGCCAGUAUAUCAGUGACCAACUGCACCGUCCACGGCGGGUGGUCGAGUUGGUCGGGUUGGUCGAAGUGCUCGGCGUCGUGUGGCAUCGCCAUCAAGUCGCGGCGCCGCACGUGUACGUCGCCAGAACCUAAGUUUGGAGGCAGAGUCUGUGUCGGACUCGAUAUUGAUGAUGUCUACUGCAAUCUGCCACCCUGCCCCGACCCAAAUCUCGCAGCCGUAGACGGUGGCUGGUCAGACUGGGGUCCUUGGUCUACUUGUACAGCAUCGGGUGGUCCUGGAUGUGGUCCCUCUGGAGGGUGGAAGGAAAGACACAGGGAGUGUAACAACCCCACACCUAAAAAUGGAGGAUCCGACUGUGAGGGACUGACUACUGAGAGACAGGCCUGUGAUAUGGCACCCUGUGAGGUCAGGAAGGCCACUGCAUGGUCACCUUGGGUCCAGAUACCUGGCAACGGAUCAGAUGGAAGUUACACUGAAAAGAGAUUUAAGUUCCAAUGCAGAGCUCCAUCUCCUGAGCAACUGAAGCUCUCAAUGGUCCGCGAAGACGAACGCUACUGUAACUCCCGCGGCCGCUGUAGUAGUGAGCCUAUAUCUGACAAUGAGGUCGGCUGGGAGGCCUGGGGGGCCUGGGAGGCAUGCUCCGUCUCUUGCGGAGGAGGGCAUCAGAGGAGGACUAGGAGGUGUCUCAAACAUGGACAGUGUCACGGACCUAGUGAGAUGCUGCAGGCUUGUAAUAAGCUGGCUUGUACUGGAGAGUGGUCAUGUUGGAGCGAGUGGAGCGAGUGUCGCGGCGAUUGCCCGGCGGCGGCCAGCAGCGCGGCGGGCCACCGCACGCGCGCGCGCACGUGUCUGUCGCCCGAGGGCUGCGCCGGCGACGGGGACGAGUGGGCCGCGCUGGAGCGACGCGUCUGUGUUAAGAAUUGUGCAGGCUCAGAAGCGGGCUGGGGUGAAUGGGGACCUUGGGAAGACUGUACAGGCGGGGAGCGGAUCAGGAAGCGAGCAUGUCUGGCCGGGGCAUGUCUAGGGGCACAGCUCCAGGUUGCCAGGUGCUCUGAUGAUAACCAGGAUAUUGACAAUGAACUAUACGCGAUGCCAGCUUACAGCCAAAACGUAGAGAUGGCCUCAUUCGUCACUAUGGGCAACAAUGAGACUCUCAGCAUUGGCAGUAUUAUAGGCUGCGUCGUUGGAGCCUUUGCCAUGGGUUGUCUAGUCUGCCUGGCGGGUGUAAUAUUCUGCCAGCGGCGCGGGACCAGGAUGCCGUGGAACAAGCAACACCGCGUGCCGUCCAGCCCGCACUAUAUCACUGCCAAACAGAAUAGCUACGUCACUGUGCCGCUCAAAGAAGUUCCGCGAAAAGCGAAACGCCAACCAUCUUUCACGGGCAUCGGCAGUACUAGCGGUCUCCUUUUAUCGAAAAGCAACAACAUAUCAAACGCGAACAACCACAACACAGCGGCUACGACUCCCAAACUAUACCCGAAAGCCAUCGCGAACGAGUACGAUUCCCUCGGCACUUUACGAAGACAUUCAAACCAACCAAACAACAAAAACAACUUAGAUAUCGAAGAAGACAAGUUUUAUUGA